GAGGCUCAGAGCGGCCGCAGCGCACACAGGCCCGCAGUGCGCUCCGUGGAAAACUUUCUCCUCCUGGCUCUCACUGUCUGCGCUCAGGUGGAAUGCUUGGACUUUUUGUCUUACAGUCUGGACUGUGAGAGACGCUGGUUUAUGUUCUUUUAAAAAGGUACAAGCCUUCAUUUGUCCCAGCGCUGUUCCAACAGUCGGUGCACCAUGGUGAUCAUGACAGACACCAGCAGGAGCACCCAGCCGCCUCCUGCCCAGGGGAGGCCACUGCAGGUCGGCUUCUAUGAGAUCAUCCGCACCCUGGGGAAAGGAAACUUUGCAGUGGUGAAGCUGGCCAGACACAAAGUCACCAAAACCCAGGUGGCUAUAAAGAUCAUAGACAAGACCAGGCUGAAUCCCUCCAACCUGGAGAAGAUUUACAGAGAAGUGCAGAUCAUGAAGCUGCUAAACCACCCUCACAUAAUCAAACUCUACCAGGUAAUGGAGACUAAAGACAUGUUGUACAUUGUCACAGAGUAUGCAAAGAACGGAGAGAUGUUCGACCACCUGACCUCAAACGGCCGCAUGAGCGAAGACGAGGCCAGGAAGAAGUUCUGGCAGAUCCUCACAGCCGUGGACUACUGCCACCGGCACCACAUCGUUCACCGCGACCUCAAAACCGAGAACUUGUUGCUGGACGCCAACAUGAACAUCAAACUGGCCGACUUUGGAUUCGGAAACUUCUACAAAGCCGGGGAGCCUCUGUCCACAUGGUGCGGCAGCCCGCCUUACGCUGCCCCUGAAGUGUUUGAGGGGAAGGAGUAUGAGGGGCCUCAGCUGGACGUCUGGAGUCUUGGCGUGGUGCUUUACGUUCUCGUCUGCGGCUCUCUUCCGUUCGAUGGACCGAGUCUUCCAGCGCUCAGACAGAGGGUCACCGAAGGCCGGUUCAGAAUUCCCUUCUUCAUGUCCCAAGACUGUGAAAACCUGGUCCGUAAGAUGCUGGUGGUGGAUCCAGCCAGAAGGAUCACCGUUGCCCAGAUCAAGCAACACCGCUGGAUGCUAUCAGACCCUUCGGCCGCAAACCAGACCCUCAGCCAUUCCCUCACAGAGUACAACUCCAACCUGGGCGACUACAGCGAACCCGUGCUGACCAUAAUGAACACACUCGGCAUCGAUAGGCAGAGGACCAUCGAGUCUUUGCAGAGCAGCAGCUACAAUCACUUCUCUGCCAUCUACUACCUGCUGCUGGAGAGAGUGCGGGAGCAUCGCACGCAGCAGCUCAGCCGUCAGUGUGGCAGCUGGAACCAGAGACCCAGGAGCACCUCCGACUCCACCGGCCCAGAGGUGAUUAUGGAGUCCGGAGAGAGCUUUAGAACCACAGCUUUUUCAGUUCCAGCCAAAAACACUCCUCCACCCGUCUACUCCGAGGUGGAGUGUGACCAAAGCGGAUUGUUCCAGCGAGUGGUGUUCCCAGUGGAGGCCAGCCUGAGCAGACUGCUCUGGAACCGCUCCAUUUCUCCCAACAGUCUGCUGGAGACGAGCAUCAGCGAGGAGGUCCGUCCCCGAGACCUAGAAGAAGAGGAGGCGACACAAACUCUCGGGCCCCUGCUUCCACCCACCACCUCCCGCAGACACACUCUGGCAGAGGUCUCCGCCCGUUUCCACCAGUGUAACCCUCCAUGCAUUGUGGUCAGUCCUUCAGAUGGAGCCUCCUCUGACGGCUGUCUGAAGUCCUCCUCCAGUCCUGCUCCCACUUUGCAAGCUGCUGUGGGGGAGAUCUCAACACUUCUGGCCUCCGGGGCUGGAGGUGGAGCUCUGCAACCUGCUGGAGCUCCUCUGACCCUCUCCUCUCACCUCCUGCCCCCAGCACAAAGCAGCCUGCCCACUGCCAGCUUCCAGGAGGGGCGCAGAGCCUCCGACACCUCCCUCACGCAAGGCCUCAAAGCUUUCCGCCAACAGCUGAGGAAAAGCACACGCACCAAAGGACUGCUGGGAUUAAAUAAGAUUAAGGGUCUGGCCAGGCAGGUUGUUCCUCCCCCCUCCUGUAACCGUGGCAGCCGGGGCUCGCUCGGUCCAGCCUUCUCCGAGCACCGCAGCAUGCUGGAGGAGGUGCUGCACCAGCAAAGGAUGCUGCAGAUUCAGCACCAACCGCAGCCUCAAGUCCAAACCACCCAGACAGGACCUACCCAGAAUCCUCUGCUCUUCCUGACACAGCAGCAGCCGUCCUCUCCUUCACCGACGUCUGUCUUCGCCCCCUCCUCCAUGUUUGACACCCCCACUCAGCCCGCCCUGCCUCCUCAGCAGGCCUCAGCAUGUCUUCAACACUGCCCGUGGCACCAAAGUCUCGAGACUUCCUACUCCAGCUGCUCCUCGUCCUCUUCUACCUGCUACACCUCCUCCCUGUCCCCCGUGGCCUCCGCUGCCUAUCUUCUCGAGGCACGUCUGCACAUCAGCCAACAACCCCAACCUUCUUACACCAGAUUCCAGCAGCAGCUUCAGUCUGCCACACAGGCCCCCAUCCCCACCCUGUCCAAGCUGAGCGUGUGGAGCCGGGUUUCAGCCCCUGGUGCAGAUCCAAACCUGCAGGAUCUGGGCCUGGCGGGACAGCAGCAGCUCAGCAGCUGCGUGAUGGUGAAGUAAAACCAAACCAGGAGAAAAGAGCACAACUCUGAGCAGAAGAAACAAAAAGCUGAUACAAGCGACAAAUAAACACAUUUACCAAGACGUACACAUGUGCGAACGUGUGCUGUAUGUUAUAAGCUAAAGACUCAGCAAUAACCAAACUCUGGACGGGGCGUUGACUUUGUAUCCCAGAGAAGCAAUAAUUGACUCCUCCAGCUGUCAGACGGACUCGCAUGGAUGAAAUAAGAGCUGGCG